AAAAUUGAUAAGUUAAGAAAAGUCUUUAUAAGUAGUACUCAUAUUAUUGCAAACUUUUGACAAAAUGUGUAAAACGAUACUUUUCGCUGUCCUUACAUUGUGCGUAUUUUCGGUAUGGGGAACUCCCCUUAAAGUGGACUCCCGAAAUUCCGCAAGCAUCAUCGGUGGGGCGAGUGCACGAGCUGGACAAUUUCCUUUCAUUGCAUCGAUUUACAUUAACAGAGCAGAUGGUACAUUUUUUUGUAGUGGGGCACUUAUCAACUCCCAGUGGGUACUAACAGCCGGACAGUGUGUCGAAGGUGCCACUUUAUUCACCAUAUACCUUGGAUCUAAUUCUCCACGAGGAGAUAGUGAGAACGGGCUAACUGUAGCCACAGACACGUACUAUCUACAUCCUGAAUAUAACCCAGCAACUUUGGAAAAUGAUAUCGGCCUUAUUAAGUUUAGAACUUACAUAACUCAAACAGACUAUAUAAGAUCCAUCAGCUAUUUAGCUAGUACAAAACUUCCUGAUUAUGCAACGGUGGCAACAAUGGGAUGGGGACAAACUGGCGAUGAUAUUCCUGGACCUGUUGAUGCACUUAAUUACAUAUACUUGACUACUCUAAGUAACGUAGAGUGCAGACUCACAUUUGGUUCCCAAAUUACUGAUAACAUGGUAUGUGUGGCUGGAAGUUACAACCAGGGUACUUGUUUGGGAGACAGCGGUAGUCCAUUGAUACAAUAUGGCGCAAGUGGAAAUGCGUAUCAUGUUGGUAUCUCCAGUUUUUAUAGUGGCAAUGGAUGCGAAACGCCUGAUCCUUCGGGAUUCACUAGGACCCAACCAUACAACCAAUGGAUAUCAAAUACUACGACAUUUGGAUAAUUUUUUUGUUACUUUAACGUUCUGUUGAAUAAAUUUCAACACAGCA